GCCAGCCCCAACAUCCGUCCCUACUGCAGAGCCGCUGUUGGAGAAGAAUUGCAGGGUCCGCGCGCCGCCGCCCCCUCGGCCCGCCAUGCUGCUAUCCGUGUCACUGCUGCUCGGCCUUCUCAUCCAGGCUACCGCCGAACCCGUCGUCUACUUCAAGGAGCAGUUUCUGGACGGAGACGGGUGGACCAACCGUUGGGUCGAAUCCAAGCACAAGUCGGAUUUUGGCAAAUUUGUCCUCAGUGCUGGAAAGUUCUAUGGUGAUCUGGAGAAAGAUAAAGGGCUGCAGACGAGCCAGGAUGCCCGCUUUUACGCCCUGUCCGCCAGAUUCGAGCCUUUCAGCAACAGGGACCAGACGCUAGUGGUGCAGUUUACUGUGAAACAUGAACAGAACAUCGACUGUGGGGGCGGCUAUGUGAAGCUAUUUCCAAAGAGUUUGGACCAGGCGGACAUGCACGGCGACUCUGAAUACAACAUUAUGUUUGGCCCUGAUAUCUGUGGUCCUGGCACCAAGAAGGUUCAUGUCAUCUUCAACUAUAAGGGCAAAAACGUGUUGAUCAACAAGGACAUCCGUUGCAAGGAUGAUGAAUUCACACACCUAUACACACUGAUUGUGCGGCCUGAUAACACCUAUGAGGUGAAAAUUGACAAUAGCCAGGUGGAGUCAGGCUCCCUGGAAGAUGAUUGGGACUUUCUGCCACCCAAGAAGAUAAAGGAUCCUGAUGCUUCAAAGCCCGAAGACUGGGACGAGCGGGCCAAGAUUGAUGAUCCCACAGACUCCAAACCUGAGGACUGGGACAAGCCUGAGCACAUCCCUGACCCCGAUGCUAAGAAGCCUGAGGACUGGGAUGAAGAGAUGGAUGGAGAGUGGGAACCACCAGUGAUUCAGAAUCCAGAAUACAAGGGUGAGUGGAAGCCCCGGCAGAUCGACAACCCGGAUUACAAAGGCACUUGGAUCCACCCAGAGAUCGACAACCCUGAGUACUCUCCUGAUAGCAAUAUCUAUGCCUAUGAAAACUUUGCAGUGCUGGGCCUUGACCUCUGGCAGGUUAAGUCUGGCACCAUCUUCGACAACUUCCUCAUCACCAACGAUGAAGCAUAUGCUGAAAAGUUUGGCAACGAGACAUGGGGCGCCACAAAGGCAGCAGAAAAGCAAAUGAAGGACAAGCAGGAUGAGGAACAGAGGCUGAGGGAGGAGGAGGAAGACAAGAAGCGCAAGGAGGAGGAGGAGGCGGACAAGGACGACGAUGAGGAGGACAAAGAUGAAGAUGAGGAGGAAGAGGAGGAUAAGGAAGAGGAGGAAGAGGAAGAUGCUGCUGCUGGCCAGGCCAAGGAUGAGCUGUAGGGGCCAUGCCACUUCUUCCAGGGCUGGACUGAGGCCUGAACGUGCCCACCACAGAGCCAGUUGCGCCAAAUAAUGUCUCUAUGAGACUGGAGAACUUUCCUUUUUUUUCCAGGCGGGUUCCAAUUUGGGGUGGAUUUUGGUAUUGUUCCCCCAACCCUUUUUUUUUUUUUUCCCCUCCAUUGGUGUUUUGUCUCUGAUUCUCCUUUGGCCCUCAUCUUUCUUGACAUCUUUGCCUUCCUCUGUCCCUUGCUUUCCCCUGAUCCCUUAAUUUCCCAUCCAACCUAGGGGUAUGGGGGUUGUGGAAGAGAAGCCCCAGGCCCAAGAUUCCAUCUGUUCUUCCUGGAGCCCAGAGAGGGAACAGGAGACAAGGAUGGUGUCCCCAGCCCCCCAGCACUGAGGAAGAAUGGGGCUCCUAGGCCCUGAGCUCUGACACCCCCCCCAACCCCUCCCUUCCUCUUCUGCCUCCAGAACUGGGCCACUUCUGGGUGGGGCAGUGGGUUCCAGCUCAGCUCACACUGAGAAUGUAAGAAUUACAAACAAAAUUUCUAUUAAAUUAAGUUUUGUGUCUUC